GAAAACGGGCACACACGAUUACAGAAGUUGCAUGUUUCAAUUACGAAGCACAUUUUACUCCAUUGCUUCACCAGUGCACGUCAAUCCACUUGUUGUUCAAUAAUUUUAAAUAUUUUCAAACGUGAAUAGAACUCAACAACCAAUAUGCGUGAAUGUAUUUCUGUUCAUGUCGGUCAAGCUGGUGUUCAAAUUGGUAAUGCCUGUUGGGAACUGUAUUGUUUGGAACAUGGUAUUCAACCUGAUGGUCAAAUGCCAUCUGAAAAAACCUCUGGUGAUGACAGUUUUAAUACCUUUUUUAGUGAAACUGGUUCUGGUAAACAUGUCCCUAGAGCUGUCUUUGUUGACUUGGAACCUACUGUUGUAGAUGAAGUACGUACAGGCACAUACAGACAACUUUUUCAUCCUGAACAAUUAAUUACGGGUAAAGAAGAUGCAGCCAAUAAUUAUGCUCGAGGUCAUUAUACUAUUGGCAAGGAAAUUAUUGAUAUUGUAUUGGAUCGUAUUCGCAAGAUUGCUGAUCAAUGUACGGGUCUCCAAGGAUUUUUAAUAUUCCACUCAUUUGGUGGAGGUACUGGUUCAGGUUUUGCAUCAUUGUUAAUGGAACGUUUAAGUGUUGAUUAUGGGAAAAAAAGUAAACUUGAGUUUGCCAUUUAUCCUGCACCUCAAGUUUCUACAGCAGUGGUUGAACCAUACAAUUCUAUUUUAACUACUCAUACUACUCUCGAACAUUCUGAUUGUGCUUUCAUGGUAGAUAAUGAAGCAAUAUAUGACAUUUGCCGCCGAAACUUGAAUAUUGAUCGCCCUUCUUAUACCAAUUUAAACCGUCUUAUUGGACAAAUUGUAUCAUCUAUCACAGCUUCAUUACGAUUUGAUGGAGCCUUGAAUGUAGACUUGACUGAAUUUCAAACUAACUUAGUGCCAUACCCACGAAUACAUUUUCCUUUAGUUACAUAUGCGCCAGUUAUAUCAGCUGAAAGAGCUUGCCAUGAACAAUUGUCUGUUGGUGAAAUAACCAAUGCCUGUUUCGAACCAGCUAAUCAAAUGGUGAAAUGUGACCCUCGACAUGGUAAAUACAUGGCUUGUUGUAUGUUAUAUAGAGGUGAUGUUGUACCUAAAGAUGUAAAUGCUGCUAUUGCUACUAUUAAGACUAAACGUUCAAUACAAUUUGUAGACUGGUGUCCAACCGGGUUUAAAGUAGGCAUAAAUUACCAGCCACCAACAGUUGUACCCGGAGGUGAUUUAGCUAAAGUACAACGUGCUGUUUGUAUGUUAUCAAAUACUACAGCUAUUGCUGAAGCAUGGGCUCGUUUGGAUCAUAAAUUUGACUUGAUGUAUGCUAAAAGAGCAUUUGUCCAUUGGUAUGUUGGUGAAGGAAUGGAGGAAGGAGAAUUUUCAGAAGCUAGAGAAGAUUUAGCAGCUUUAGAAAAAGAUUAUGAAGAAGUAGGUUUGGACUCUGUUGAAGGGCAAUUUGAUGAAGGUGGAGAAGAACUUUAAUAAUUCUAACCUGAAAUGAUUUUGCAAUCAUCUAAUGAAUUUUACUAUUUUAUUGAAUGUUAUUCCUGUAAAUUAUAUUAAGGCAUUAGGUUAUUUAUAAAAG